CGAAACAUUCGUUAUAUGUUCAGAAACUCCUUUUUGAAUGAAGAGUUUUCUGAUUGGGGGAGAAUGGAUAUUUCAAACUCGCAAGACGAUGCACCAAACAUAGCUUUGACAGAAAAGAAAGAAGAACGUCCAAUCAUUGAAAGCUCGUCGGUGAACACUCUUGCUGUGGAAGACGUUAGUAAAAUACGAACUGAAGGUGUUUUACCGUUGAGAGAGAACCCCCAAGUGGCAAAACUGGAACAAGAAACCAAUCUUGCCUCCGAAGGAGAUCCUUCCAAUGGGAAAGAAAGUACCAAGGAAGAUAAAGAUAUGCAUAUAAAAACUGUGGAAUCGGAAGAAACUGUAGAUAAACAACAAUCGGAACAGGUAGACUAUUCCAAGGAAACAACACUAGAAAAGAGUAAUACGCUAGAAGAAAAAGGGGAAAUUGAGAAUAAGACAAAUCAAUCUUCAGACAAUAUAACUGCAGAAAAUGUUAGUAAAAAAGUUACAAGACAAACAGCCGCCUCAGCUGUCAAGACUAAGAACACUUCUUCUAAUACUGAAAGCAAGUAUGUUCCAGGUUCAUUGGAGGAAUAUCGUCAUCGUGUCUUGCACUUAGAGAGGAUAUAUUUGACAAAAGUUUAUGAGGCAGAACGUGCCAAGCUAUAUCAUGCUCAGGUUGCAAAGAUAAACUAUGAGUACGACUGUCAACAGGCAGAAGAGGAGUUCGAACUUGGAAGAAGAUUGCUGAUUACUCGACUUUUAUAUGAAAAUGCUGAUAGAAGAAGAAGAAUCGAAGAACUAAAGUAUAAAAUUGUUCGAGAUGAGAACAAUUCCUAUUUAAGACUUAGGAGACACGAUGUUGGCCAUCGAACGAGGAGCACACUUCAACCUUUCAACAGUGAUAAUAAUAGAAAUGUUGUUGGCGGCAAGGAACUUAUAAAUGGACAGGAAAAGGAAGGAACAUUAUUUCCGAGUUUACAAAAUUGUGUUACAGAUCAAGAUGCCCAUUUAUCUCAGCUAGGAGUAUCUGGUCGUUGGAAUAGAUUGGUAAGAGCAACCAAACGGUCUAAUGAAGAAAAGAACCAACUUCGAGUUGUUCUCGAUUCUGAUGAGAUGAAGGAAGACUUGGCUGAAAUUAGUGCUACUCCCCAUAAAGGAACUACUGUAAAUUCUUGUGAAGGUAGCAAAUAUAAAAUUGCAUCAGAAGGUGCACCAGAGGAAAGGAGAUCGCAUACAUAUUAUCAUGUUCGGGGUCGUAAAAGGAAGGCAAGGGGAAAGGGACGAGUUGCAUAUGGGAAAAACAGAUAAAAUGUUAUUAUAAUAUCUUUAAUUUGCAACAUGAAUUAACUUGAACCAUUUGUUGUUGAUGAAUUGCAACAAAAAAAGCUCCAUUCAUUUGAUGAGUAUCGCGUAUCAUAAAAAUGAAAGCAUUCCAUAAUGAGAACCCCAUAAAUCUAUUUUUCUUGUC